GUCUGUAUGUUGUUUACGAGGUCGGUCUACAUAGAGUAAAGAAACCCCGCCUCGUUUUCGAAGUUUCUCCUAAGUAGGAAAGCUAAUGCACCGCUUGUUUCAUAUAUACAACAAACACCAUGUUUGGGUUAUCACUAUCAGUAUCCUCUGCCUUGCUUGGAGCUUUGAUGUUCCUAGUUGUCAUCUGGUUUGUAAGACGUCCUAGAAACCUUCCUCCGGGACCAUGGUCUUUGCCAAUCAUAGGAUACCAGUUCGGCUCAAGCCUAAUCCACGAAGCUUAUAUGGAGUUGUCUAAGAAGUACGGUCCAACAUUCUGCUUACGAAGGGGUCAUAUUCUUGUCGUUAUAUUGAAUGACAAAGACACCAUCAGACGGGCACUGCUAAAAUCGCCAGAAUUCUUCUCUCAUCGUUACGUACCUGGAUAUGUUAAAUGGGGUAUUCCCGAAACUAAUAAGAACGCUUCUGUUGUUUGGAGUAAUGGCAAACCUUGGGAAGAUCAACGUAGAUUCUCUCUACAUGCCCUUCGAUCCGUUGGCUUUGGUAAGAAGAGCUUAGUGCCUCAGAUCAACCUGGAAGCUCGUUACCUUGCUGAGGAAAUCAAGAGUCUUCGAGGUAAACCAACAGAUCUCACGUCAACAUUGAGCAAAGCAACAGCAAACGUUAUUUCCCAACUAGUCUUUGGUAGGCGAUAUGAAUACGACGAUGCGCAAUACCUUGGGGUGUUACAAGCAAUGGAAGAUGUCUUCAGUAUCUCUGAAGCUGAUCCUGUUGUGGUCUUUGAGUUCCUCAUUCAUACUCCAUGGUAUAAGAAAUAUCGCGAUGCCUAUUCCACGGCGAGAGAAUUCAUUAUGUCCCAGCUCAACAUGCAUCGAGAUACAUUUCAGGAAGAUAACAUCCGUGACUAUGUCGACGCAUUCUUAGCUGAUGAUAUCUCCAAGGAAUACACGUUGGAAGAGUUCUGGAGAAUUGUGUUUGACUUGUUUGCUGCCGGCACAGAAACCACAUCACUUGUUACUUCAUGGGCCAUUCUCUACUUAGCUUCACACCCAGAAGUGCAAAGAAAGGUGCAAAUGGAGUUGGAUAGAGUUGUAGGGCGUGGUCGACAACCCACAACAGAGGAUCGUCAAUAUCUACCGUACUGUGAUGCUACCUUGAUGGAAGUGAUGCGUAUCAGGCCGGUUUUUCCUGUCAUAUUUCGUUUGGCUCCUACUAAUUUUACAUUUGAAGGGUUCUCUUAUCCCAAGGGUACCUUCAUCGUCGCGAACAUAUGGGCUGUUCAUCAUGAUCCUAAAGUAUGGUCUGACCCUCAUGUUUUCAACCCAGAUCGAUUCCUAACUUCAGAAGACCAAAAAAUGAAACAGAAUGAGGCAUUUAUGCUAUUUGGAUUGGGUCGUCGUGAAUGUCUGGGUAUUCAGCUGGCUAGAAUGGAGGCAUUUCUUUUGUUCACCAAUCUUUUCCAGCAGUUUGAAUUCAAGCUUCCAUCAGAUGAACCUAUCCCUAGUCUUCAAGGUCAGGCUGGGAUGUCAAUGCCUCCUCAAGCCUAUCAAAUAUGCGCUACCGAGCGCUGACAUGGACAACGAUCAUGGUCUAAAAUACAUCCAAUAUAUCGAUGCAUAAAGGAAAUUUUAUAGGAAAUAUUAACAAUUGCUAUGUAUUUUUUCUAGUUAGUUGUGGACGUUUUGCUGAUUAUCAUAUUAACUCCCUCUCUCUCCCUUCCUCUUUAAAAAAAAAAUUAUUGAGUAAUAUCAUAAGGCUAUUGAUGAAAACAAAUAUUGUCUGGGAAUAUUUUUAGAUCUGUCAAAGUCAUUUGAUACCAUUGACCAUGAUAUCCUUCUCAAGAAACUUGAACAUUAUGGAAUUCGUGGUGGAGCAUUGUCAUGAUCCCGAAGCUAUAUGUGUGAUAGGACACAAUUUGUUAUGAUAGAUAUAUCUAGAUCCAAACAUGCUACGAUUCAGUAUGGUGUACCUCAGGGUUCUGUUCUUGGUCCCCUGUUGUUUCUAAUCUAUAUAAACGAUAUAAUACAUUCAUCAACAUUAUUCUCAUACUCUCUGUUUGCUGAUGAUGCCAGUCUGAUGCUAUCUGAUAAGUCAGUAGAAAAUUUGUUACUGGUUCCAAAUGAAGAAAUUAAGAAGCUGUAUUCAUGGUUUUGUUGCAAUAAGCUAUUGUUGAAUAUUC